UCCUCCUCUCCUCAUUCUUUCUCCUCCCCAUUUUAUCUUCUCCGCUAUUUUCUUCUUCCUCCUCCUCCUCCUCCUCCUCCCUCAUAUUCCUCAUAUCUUCUCUGAUCAUGACUUCUCCUUUCCUCCUCUAUCCUACUCCUCUCAUCUUCUCCUCUCUGAUACUACUCCUUCUCUCCUCAUUCUCCUUCUUUCUCCUCCCAAUCUUAUCUUCUCUAUUUUUUCCUCCUCCUCCUCCCUCCUACUCCUCCCAUCUGCUCUGAUCUCAUCUUCUCCUCUCGGUUCUUCCUCUAUGAUACUAUUUCCUUCCUCCUCUCCAUAUCCUACUCCUCUCCUCGUUCUUUUUCUC